AUGUCGCUCCUUAAGCCAGCUCGACGGCUUCCCAACUCGAUCCUCCUCGGUAUAGUAGCCUUUUUCGUCUUUUCUCUGUAUCUGCUCUCGGUGAAGGGGGAAACAAGUGCAGUGCCGUACUUCCGCGCCGAGAGAAUGAGAGCUUCGGCCCCGGGAAUAACGAAUGACAUUUACAACAAUACACUUGGCUUCGAGAAGAUAUUCGUUAUCAGCCUACCGUCUCGCACAGACCGCCGCGAUGGGAUGGUCCUAGCAGCAGCUCUCAGUAACCUAGAGAUAGAUUUCAUCGACGGCGUCAACGGCAGGGAUGUUCCGGACAAGGCGCUAUUAAGCAGCCAAGAAGAGCUGAAGCGCCUAGCCGACCCGGUCAUAGGGGCCUGGCGAGCACACAUGAAUGCGAUCCAAGAAAUCGUGCGAAGAAACCUCUCGUCAGCACUAAUCAUGGAAGACGACGCGGACUGGGACAUCCGGAUCCGGUCGCAACUCCACGACCUCGCACUCGCCACGCACGCACUAACCCAGCCUCUCCUCUCUCCACCCGACUCCUUCGCCGACCCCACAUACCCAAACGGCACCUUCGGGCCCCCCUCCCUCCCGGACCUCGACUUCGCCUCACUCCCACGCACCCAGGCCCCCACGACCUCCCCCUACGGCGACGCCUGGGACGUGCUCUGGGCCGGGCACUGCGGCAUGGCCUUCCCAUUCGCCAACAACCGCGCGCUCCCGAAACUCCGCAUCACACACACCCCCGACCCCACCGUCCCGCAGCGGCAGCACCUCGCCCCCACGAUCUCCGGGCUCGAACACAUGUACCCCUCCCACACACGCGUGUACCACCACGUGCAAGACCCGUGCUGCUCCCUCGCAUACGCCGUAAGCCGGUCCGGGGCGCGGAAGAUACUCCGACAGGUCGGGCUGAAGGACGUGAACCAGCCGUUCGAUCUGCAGUUAAAGUCGUUUUGCGAGGGUGGCGGGAGCCCGGACCGCGGGGGGCCGUAUACGUGUGUCACGGCGCAGCCGGGGUUUUUUGCGAUACAUCGCGCGAAGGGGGGACGGGGGGCGAAUAGUGAUAUCACUGAUAUUGGGGGGGAUGGGGGCGGGGUGCAGGAGGGGGAGACUAGGGGGGUUAGGUGGAGUGUUAGGAUGAAUUUGGAUGGGUUGAUUAGGGAUGGGGGGGAGGUGGUGGAUUUGUAUCCGGAUGAGGGGGGUGAAGGUUAAGGGGUUUGGAUAUAUGUGAAGAUGAUACGUCUUCCUAGAUAGAUGGUGGGAAUGGAUGCUGGGGGGUUGAUAUGUGUAAUAAAUAUUGGGUUGGUAUAUUACUGCUUUCUUCCUUUCAUCGAAAUAAAACAUAUGGAUAGGUUAUCUAAAGGGUCAAUAAAAUAGGGCAGCCCUCCCUCUCAGCACAAACCGCCAGAGCAGAAUUGUCGUUCGGGACCAUGCUACGGACGCCGGCUAAGGGAUGCCAGGAGUAUCAAUCUAAAUAAGGUGAAAGGGGGCGAAACAUAUAUACCCUCAUCAUAGAUAAAUGCAGCU